GGGCCAGCGCGCGUCAGUCCCAACCCCAAACCCCAGAGCAGAGGAGAGUGGUACUAGUACUGUGGUCUGUAGUGGGGGUUACUCCGAAGCUUGCCUCGUACGAUUCUUCCCUCACCCAUGGCGGAGGCGGAGGCGGAAUCGGCGCCCGGACGCGGAGGGGGAGGGGCGGGCGAGGACGCGAUGGACGCCGCCGGGCCCGCGCCGGCGGCGGAGGUCGCCCCCGUCCCCGACGUUAACAUGAACCCUCUCAAGAGGCCAUCGGAGUCGUGUGCUCAAGGAGACGAAGCAAAUGGGCAGAAGCGGCAGAAGACAGAGUCUCAAGUUUUCACACCCAGAAGAUACCAGCUCGAUGUCUUUGAGGUUGCCAAGGCGCGAAACACGAUUGCAAUGCUUGACACAGGAGCCGGGAAGACGAUGAUUGCCGUGAUGCUCAUGAAAGAGUUUGGGGAGAAGAUCGACAAAUCAAAUAACAAUGGGAAGAUCAUAUUCCUUGCACCAACAGUUCAGCUCGUCACUCAGCAAUGCGAGGUGAUUAAAACCCACACAGAUUUUGAGGUGGAACUGUAUUGCGGUGCCUCGGGGGUUGAUCACUGGACGCCUCAGAGAUGGAAAGAAAAAGUAUCGAAAUCUCAGGUCAUGGUGAUGAUACCAGAUGUGUUGCUAAGUGCUUUAGGCAAAGCUUUCUUGAGCUUGGACAUGGUUAGUCUUAUGAUAUUUGAUGAGUGCCAUCGUGCAACUGGCAAACACCCUUAUUCGAGAAUAAUGAAGGACUACUAUCACCAAUCUGACCACAAGCCAAAGGUGUUUGGUAUGACGGCCUCGCCUGUUAUAAGAAAAGGUGUCUCUUCUAAUCUGGAUUGUGAAGUUCAGUUCACUGAACUGGAAAAGCUUCUAAAUGCUAAGAUCUACGCUGUGGCUGAUAGAGCAGAGAUAGAGCUUUGCGCUCCUUCUGCAAAAGAAGUGGACAGAUACUAUGACCCAAAAACAGUUUGUUUCAAGGAUUUGAGUGAAGAGUUGGGUUUUUUGCUUUCCGAGUACGAUGCGUUAAUAACUACAUUGCAGAAUAAGCCUAACUACCAGAAUAAAGAAUCUGAUGAAAUAGCUAAAGAAUCACGGAGGCGUCUAUCCAAUUCUUCAGCCAAAAUCCUGUAUUGCAUCGAUGAUAUUGGUCUUCUUUGUGCUAGUGAGGCCACCAAAAUCUACAUUGAAAGGGGUCAGAGAAAAGGUUGGCUGAAGAAAGCUUCUGAUGCCACAAAUAUUCAAAGUGUUGCAAAUAGCUCGUUCCUGCUUGCAGAAAUUUCAGCACUUCAUCUGAAGUUCUUUGAGGAUAUGUCACGUAUAAUUGACAAGCACCUCCAGCAAGGUAGCGAUGUGCUUCUAAAUUCUGAGAGUGGAUGUGUGGAAGCAAUUAAGACGGGUUAUAUUUCACCAAAGCUUUAUGAACUCAUCCAAAUCUUCCGCUCUUUCAGUAACUGUGAUCAUGUCCGAUGCCUCAUUUUUGUGGAUCGAAAGAUCACUGCUAGAGCCAUGGAACGGACAAUGAAGAAAAUUGGACACCUCUCACAUUUUACAUUUUCUUCUCUUACUGGAGGGAGUUCUUCAGUGGAUGCUCUGACCCCUAAAAUGCAAAAGGACACACUGGAUUCAUUUCGCUCCGGAAAGGUGAACUUACUAUUUACUACGGAUGUCGCGGAAGAGGGUAUUGAUGUCACAGACUGCUCGUGUGUAAUAAGAUAUGAUUUGCCAAAGACUACCCGUAGUUAUAUGCAGUCACGUGGACGAGCACGCCAGAAGGACUCUCAGUACAUACUAAUGAUUGAAAGGGAAAAUGUUAAACAAAAUAAUUUGAUAUCUGCCAUUUUGAGAAGCGAGAAGUCAAUGGUUGAGACUGCUUUGAACAGAGAUUCCGAGGAUCUACUCCCUGGUUUCUUCCCAGUUGAAGAAAAAAAUGAAUACCUUGUAGGCACAACCGGAGCAAAAGUAACUGCUGGUUCUAGCAUUAGUGUUAUCGCCCAAUACUGUGACAAGCUUCCGGGAGACAAGUACGACACCACAAAACCUUUGUUUGAGUUCACGAACCACGGUGAUGGUUUUGUGUGUACGUUAACACUACCAUCUAGUGGCAUGUUGCCACCUUUGGUGGGUCCAAAAGCAAGAAGCAAGAAGAAAGCAAAACAGCUUGUUUGUCUUGAUGCAUGUAAGCAGCUGCAUCAGCUAGGAGUACUCACUGACUCUCUUUGUCUAUCUGUUGAAGAGCCACCACUGGAAUCUGUGAACAAAACUGACGUUCUCACAUCUUUGGCUGGUGUAGGUACAACCAAACGAAAGGAGCUACAUGGUACAACUAGAGUAUGUGGGUUGUCUGGUACCUGGGCAUCAGAGAGAACUGCUGUUAAGCUUCAAGGCUACAGAAUGAAAUUUCUUUGUGACCAAGUUGGUCAGAAAUACUCCGAUUUUGUUCUGUUAAUUGAUAAAACUAUAGCACAUGAAGCUGCUAAUUUGGAUAUUGAUCUGUUUCUACAUGACAAGAUGGUGAAAGCUUCAGUCUCUCCUUGUGGCCUUUUUGAGUUGGAUGUUCAACAGAUGGAGCAAGCAAAGCUAUUUCAAGCACUUCUGUUCAAUGGUUUGUUUGGAAAGUUGUUCACUGGAUCAAAAUCAUCCGACGUUCCGCGGGAGUUUAUUCUCAAUAAAGACGACACGGUUAUCUGGAAUAAUCCAAAUAUGUAUUUGAUUUUACCUAUGGAUCCUACUGUGGAGUCCCAUGAUAUUUCAGGCAUCAACUGGAGAGUGAUAGAUGAAGCCGCUACAGCUGUUAAACUUUUGAGGAAGAUUUAUUCUGAAGAAAAAAUGAACAUACAGGGAAUACUUGAUUUCGACCAAAAUGACGAAGAUCUAAUUCAUUUGGCCAACACUUCAUGUGAGACUCAUUUCCUUAGAAAUGUGGUAGUGCUGGCAGUCCACACAGGAAAGAUAUAUACUGCUCUUCAUGUUGCCGAUCUAUCUGCCAAUAGCACAUUUGAUGGUGUAUCAGAUGAGAAAGGAACAGAGUUCCACACCUUUGCAGAAUACUUUGAGAAGAAGUAUGGCAUAGUUCUUCGUCAUCCCUCACAGCCACUACUAGUGCUGAAACCCAGUCAUAGGCCUCACAACAUUCUUUCCUCGAAGCUCAGAGAUGAAGGUAACGGUGAGAAGAAAAAGGGUGGCACAUCAGAUAUAACUAAGGCAAACAACCGUGUUCACAUGCCCCCAGAGUUGCUGAUUCCCCUUAAUUUUUCUGAUGACAUUUUAAGAACAUUUUAUUUGUUCCCAUCUUUGAUGCAUCGUAUAGAGACAUUAAUGCUAGCCAGUCAACUAAAGAGUGAAAUUUCAUAUGACGAUUCUAAUGUAUCAAGCUUUCUGAUUCUAGAAGCUAUUACAACUCUUCGAUGCUCUGAAGACUUCUCAAUGGAGCGUCUGGAAUUAUUGGGAGAUUCUGUGUUGAAGUAUGUCGUUAGUUGUCACCUUUUCCUAAAAUUUCCUAACAUGGAUGAGGGGCAGUUAACAUCCAGUAGGGUUGAUAUAAUAUGUAAUGCUGCACUUUAUGGGUUUGGAAUUGAACACAAAAUACAGGGUUAUAUACGUGAUGCUGCAUUUGAUCCUCGUCGAUGGCUUGCACCAGGACAGCUCUCCAUUCAUCCUGUUCCUUGUAAUUGCCGAGUAAAUUCUGAGGUUGUCACUGAGGAUAUUAAUGUGAAAGUAGGCCAGCUGUGUGAUAAGGGACACAGAUGGAUGUGUUCCAAAACAAUUUCUGAUUGCGUCGAAGCUAUAAUCGGUGCAUAUUAUGUAGAAGGUGGCUUAAGAGCAGCUAUGGCUGUUCUCAAAUGGUUGGGAAUUAAUGUUGAAGUUGAGGAAGAACUGAUUGGUCAGUUCUUGAGUGCAUCUGUGCAGACUUAUCUUCCAAAAAAUGAUGUAAUUGAAAAGGUUGAAGCAAAACUAGGCUAUGCAUUUUUGAUGAAAGGUCUUCUGCUAGAAGCUCUUACCCACCCAUCACUGCAAGAAUCAGCAGAAGGAUAUUCCUACGAGCGUCUGGAGUUCCUUGGUGAUGCUGUCCUGGAUAUUCUCUUAACACAACAUCUUUUCUAUAGUCAUAAAGACACCGAUGAGGGGGAGCUGACAGAUUUACGGUCUGCAUCAGUAAACAAUGAAAAUUUUGCACAACUCGCAGUGAAGCAUAAGUUAUAUCAGUUUCUCCAGCAUUCUUCUGGGAAAUUACCAGAAAAUAUUACUGAAUAUGUGGAUAGUUUAGAGAACCCUUCCACGGACAAACUCAACCUUUUAUCAGAUGCGGCAUUAAGAGGGCCUAAGGUUCUGGGUGAUGUUGUAGAAAGUAUUGCGGGUGCAAUUCUUAUAGAUAGAAAACUUGAUUUGGAGGUAGUUUGGGGUAUUUUCAAACCUCUUCUUUCCCCUAUUGUUACACCUGAGAAGCUGGAGUUACCUCCCUUCAGGGAGCUUCUCGAAUGGUGCAACAAAAGUGGGUACUUUCUAGGAAUUAAGUGUACAGAUGGAAUUAAGCGUACAGAUGGAGACAAAAUAGAGGCUACUCUGGAUGUGCAACUCAAGGAGACGUUCCUUGUCAGGCAAGGUUGUGGCAAGAGCAAAAAGGAUGCUAAAGCACAUGCAGCUUCCAUGUUACUCAAGGACCUUGAGGACGAAGGACUUCUAGUACCAAAGAAUGCAAGCAACACGCAACAGUUCCAGGAUCAUCGUAACAUUUUUAAUGCAAUGGAUAUACAACUUUCAACACCAACCAGGGGAAAGGGGUCAGCUGGAUCAAAGAUAGCUGCCAGUCUUGAUAAACCAGUGGACUGGGCGGUGAGAAUGAGUAAAGGAGGACCCCGUGCAGGACUGUAUGAGUUCUGCAAAAAGUUGCAAUGGCCAGCUCCUAAUUUCGAUUGUGCGAAGGUAGAACAAAGCACGCCUACGCCUCAAGGUCAAGGGUUCACCUUCGCGUCAACCAUAAAACUGCACAUACCGAAUAGUGACGUGAUCAGCCUCGCAGGGGAUUGUUUUGCGGAUAAGAAGAGCGCGAUGGAUUCCGCCGCACUGCUCAUGCUCUAUGAGCUUCAGCGGCGAGGGAGAUUGCAAGUCCAGGAGGUUCAUGUUUCGUGAGAGCCGUGUGUGAUGCUAGUAAAUAUUAGUAUUCCCCAUUGACCGGGCAAGUUUGGAAGGCACGUGUGGCAUCUUCCGAAUAAAUGGAUGCUGGGGAUGGAUACUUGUGAGAGGCAGGGCACAGCUGAGCUGACCUGGCUCUGCUGCCAGUCGUUAUGUAUGUUGUACUUUGUUAAAAGAAAUGUAUGUUGUGCUUGGCUUCAUAUAUUGGCUGCGGCAGGAAAUGAUGAGCCCAAGUGCUGCAA